AUGAAAUACAUUUUAUUAUUUGCAUUUGUACAAUCAGUGGUAACGAAUAUAGAAAUCCAAGGGCGAGAAGUAUGUCUUUCCUGUGAUAUCCUACAACAAUGUGAACAGAUAGUAUGCAAUAAUGUAUUAAUAAAUGGAACAUUUAUCCCAGAAUAUGUCAUUGGAUGUGAACUAGCUUGCCCUUUUGGAAACAUAUCCUGUCAAAAAGAUAAUAAUGGUGCAUUUACUUGGCUACCAGAAGAUCCAUGUUUACCUGAAAUUAGUACAACAACUUCAGAACCAAAUAUUUCACUGACAACAAUAACUAUCUUUCCGUUUCACACUGACACACCACAAAUUAACACUACUACUGAUCUAGGUGUCUUAAAUACAACCAUAUUUGAAAUAAAUCAAACGGAUUGUCAUUAUGUGAGCACAGAAUCGCCGAAUAAUAUUACUGAAGAUAUAAACUAUUCAAAAGGAUGGACAUUAUUCUGGCUUAUUCCAUUGAUACUUAUUAUCAUGAUUUUUUUAUUGUUACUCUUAUGUUUGGUUUUAAAUCAUUUUCAAAAGCGUAAACAUCGAGUAGAAUUCCCACUGUCUGAAAAACAUAUUUUUGAUAUGAUUGACCCUUCUACAUCUUCUUGGGGACAUUAUUCCUAUCCCUAUAAAUCAGGAACUCCAAUUGGACAAAAUGGGUAUUAUCGUCAAAAUAGAAACACUAUUUAUGAAGCAUAUGAUUCACCAAACAAAACAGAUAGAAUUCUUACUAAUUUACAAAAACUAUCAUCACCUAAGUAUAAUAAGUUGAAAUUCAUUAACAGAAAAACAAUAUCACCAUGUCCGAAUAGAAAACUUAUAAAUUGGCAAGAAUCAGGUACAUAUGAAUAUGCUAUUCCACCAAGUCCGAAAUCUGCUUCUUCAAUGAAUAUUAAUAAAACACCACCGAAUUAUUCUCCAAAAAAAGAAAGAAAUUAUUCACAAAUUUCAUACAAUUUAAAUAAAUCUACAUCACAAAUUUUCUCAGGAACUCCAACUAUUAGUAUAAGAUACCCAGAAGAAAUGAGAUCAGUUAGUCAAUGUAAUAUGUUAAAUCCUCAAAAAUCAAAUGUACAUGAUACAUCACCUGAUUAUUAUAUUCAAGAUGGUCGAACUACAACGACUUUCAAUCGUCAUGUUAAUCAUUUACAUAGACCAAAAUUAUCUGAUGAUGAUAAUCAAAUUUAUCAAACAGAAGCAUUAAUCAACUGUGGUGACGAUGAUAAUGAAUUCAGUAAUGAGGAUACAUUUGAUCAAAUCUCAUCAAUUACAAUGCAACCAACUAUUGUACAACAACCAAUUUCAAAUUUAUCUCCUAAUCAAUCUUUUAAUGCAUUUAUCGAUUGUGAAGAUCAACAACAAAUGGAACAAUUAGAACAAUGAAGGACAAAACGAAUGAUUUAUAGUAGUAUGUUAUAGUUGUUCCAUGGCUAUUCAUUAUUUUCCUGCAUAUUAAACAUUAAGAUGUAAAAAUAAAAAAAUGUUUUUCAUGAGAUCUAAACCAGUCUGUUAUGAUGAAAUUUAAAACGUUUUCUUAAUAAUGAAAUGACGUUUUGUACAUACUACUAAUACUUUGUUAAGUAUCAAAUAAUUAUCAAUGCUACUGAA